UGCUCCCGCUACCCGGCGGCUCAGACCCGGCCCGAGCGCCCGCCGAGAACACGGACAGGGACCUGCACGGGCACGGGCGCCGCGCCGGAGGCUCCUCUCGCGGGCGGGGGCUGCGCGACCAUGGCGGACAAGGAGGCCGGCGGCAGCGACACUGGGCCCCGAGAAAUGGCCCCUACAUCUGCAUGUUCAUCUCCAGCCCGGAGUCUGGGGGACACAGGAAUAACACCUCUGUCCCCUUCCCACACUGUGAACGAUGCUGACCCAAACGUCUCUGAGCAGCAGACGUUUCUCGUGGUGGUGGCUGUCGACUUUGGGACCACAUCCAGCGGCUAUGCCUACAGCUUCACCAAGGAGCCAGAAUGCAUCCAUGUGAUGAGGCGGUGGGAAGGAGGCGACCCUGGGGUGUCCAACCAGAAGACUCCGACCACCAUCUUGUUGACUCCGGAGAGGAAGUUCCACGGUUUCGGGUAUGCCGCCAGGGACUUUUACCACGACCUGGAUCCCAGUGAGGCCAAGCAGUGGCUGUACCUGGAGAAGUUCAAGAUGAAGCUGCACACCACCGGGGACCUCACCAUGGAUACAGACCUGACGGCAGCAAAUGGCAAGAAAAUCAAAGCCCUUGAAAUCUUUGCUUAUGCCCUGCAGUACUUUAAGGAACAGGCGCUGAAGGAGCUGAGCGAUCAGACUGGUUCAGAGUUCGAGAACUCUGAUGUCAGAUGGGUUAUCACAGUGCCUGCCAUCUGGAAACAGCCCGCCAAGCAGUUCAUGAGACAAGCUGCCUACCAGGCAGGCCUGGCUUCCCCCGAGAACUCGGAGCAACUCUUCAUUGCCUUGGAGCCCGAGGCGGCCUCCAUCUACUGCCGGAAGCUGCGGUUACACCAGAUGACUGAGCUGAGCAGCAAGGCCACGGUCAAUGGGUACAGCUCCAGUGACACAGUAGGAGCUGGGUUUGCACAGGCUAAGGAACACGUACGACGUAAUCGGCAGAGUCGGACCUUUUUGGUGGAGAAUGUCAUAGGAGAAAUCUGGUCCGAGCUGGAGGAAGGUGACAAGUAUGUGGUAGUGGACAGUGGCGGUGGCACCGUAGACGUGACAGUCCAUCAGAUAUGGUUACCGGAGGGACACCUUAAAGAACUGUACAAAGCAACAGGUGGACCCUAUGGAUCUUUAGGAGUAGAUUAUGAAUUUGAAAAGCUUCUGUGUAAAAUAUUCGGAGAGGAUUUUAUUGAGCAAUUCAAAAUCAAGCGUCCUGCGGCCUGGGUUGACUUAAUGAUUGCAUUUGAGUCUCGCAAAAGGGCAGCUGCCCCGGACCGAACUAACCCGCUGAACAUCACCCUGCCCUUCUCCUUCAUUGACUACUACAAGAAGUUCCGUGGGCACAGUGUGGAGCACGCCUUGAGGAAGAGCAAUGUGGAUUUUGUGAAGUGGUCCUCGCAGGGGAUGCUGAGGAUGAGUCCAGAUGCCAUGAAUGCCCUUUUUAAGCCGACCAUUGAUAGCAUCAUUGAGCAUCUCCGGGACCUGUUUCAGAAGCCGGAGGUGUCCACGGUCAAGUUCCUCUUCCUGGUGGGCGGCUUCGCCGAGGCGCCCCUCCUGCAGCAGGCGGUGCAGGCUGCCUUCGGCGACAAGUGCCGUAUCAUCAUCCCCCAGGACGUGGGCCUCACCAUCCUCAAGGGCGCCGUCCUCUUCGGCCUGGACCCCGCUGUCAUCAAGGUGCGCCGGUCCCCGCUCACCUACGGGGUUGGGGUGCUGAACCGCUACGUGGAGGGCAAGCACCCGCCCGAGAAGCUGCUGGUGAAGGACGGCACUCGCUGGUGCACUGACGUCUUCGACAAGUUCAUCUCCGCUGACCAGUCCGUGGCCCUGGGCGAGCUGGUCAAGCGCAGCUACACCCCGGCCAAGCCCUCCCAGCUGGUCAUUGUCAUCAACAUCUAUAGCUCUGAGCUCGACAACGUGAGCUUCAUCACCGACCCUGGGGUGAAGAAGUGCGGCACGCUGCGCCUCGAUCUCACGGGGGCCAGCGGCACUGCCGUGCCCACCCGCAGGGAGAUCCAGACCCUCAUGCAGUUCGGGGACACCGAGAUCAAGGCCACGGCCAUUGAUGUAGCCACCUCCAAGAGUGUCAAGGUUGGGAUCGACUUCUUAAAUUACUAACCGGCCCUCCCCGCCCCCUGUCCCCUUGGACUCAGCUCACCUGCAUCUGCUGACCUCGACCCUGACUGUUCUUUCCCUGCCCUUGACCCUAGCCAUCACCCGUCUGAAUUUCAGCAGGGAAGAUGAGAACAGCCAGGGCUAGAAAUAAUUAGGGGUUUUUGAGGGCAUACUGGAGUCGGAAAAACUGUUGGCAGUGAAGAUGGAGGUUGGGAAAUAAGAAAUUUGAGGAUCCCAGAAAAGCAGCUAGUGUUCAUAGGUACGAAGUGGUGAAACCCCCCCUCCCCCACGCCACCCCACAAGGGAAUCAGUACAUUUCUGCAGCAGUGAUCGGGCUUGGGGUGAAGAGAUCUCCCUUAUGUAGAACUUAGGAUGCCCUGUCGCGAUCCUUCCAGAUUUGAAAUAAGAUCUUUGAGCCAGGAGGAGAUUCUUCAUCUCUCUGAGACUUUUCUUUUUUACGUAUUUUGGAUGGCAGUCAAUAUAAAAUGCCAUCCAUCUGCAGUUAAUUUCUUUUCAUCAUGGUGUGAUUAAAAGUGAUGAUUCACUGGGAACUUGGAGGGUUUUUAGCUGGUGGGAGAAGACUGCCUACACUGGGCGCUAUUUUAGGUUCUCAUAAUUUAAAUUCCAAAAAGGUUUAGUGAAGAAUAACUGUAGCUUCAGCUAAUCCACUAGAAUUUGUGAGUGGGAGAGCUGACACCUCAACUUUUCAGCAGGUAAAAACUUGCUUCGAGGGAAAUGGAUAUUGAGCUAGUGACAUAUCCCAAAUUAUAUGCUGUGAUAGAACUCCCCAAAGGCCAAAUCCUGAUUUCUGAAUUCAUAAGUAAUUUGAGUUAACCUUAGUAGGAGUCUGUGUGAGAAAAUGAAGCUGCAGUUUGCCUUGUUCACAUCACCAAGCCCGGGAGUCCGGAAGAGUCCCUCCCCUUGACAGGCACACGUAUUUUAAACUAACUCCCUCCUCCCUGCUUGCCCUCAUCUCCCUAAGAGAUUUGGCCAUUUAUUUCCACAUUUUGAAAAGAACACAUUGGUGAUACAUGGGCAGAGAAUCUGUUUAACGAAACGUUUCAUUAAAAUCUUCAGUUUUAAAACUAGAACUGAAGAUUCUAUCUAAAGGCAUUCAGAGAUCUGUACUUAGUGAAUGAAGCCGGGUUUUUUCAAACCAGAAUCUGCAAUUUUUAGUAAAUGCCACAGGGGACUGUGGUUCAAUUGGAAUUUGAAAACUCCUAACUUCGGGGUUUUGGAAAGCUGGGGCACAGACCAGAGCCUGCAGCUUCCAGUUGGGUUCCCUUAGGGAGUGAGUCUACAAGUGAAGAACCACAAUCCCACACCUUGCCCUCUUGUGAGUGGGGCUGGAGCUCCAGCUGGCUUGGGGAUGGCACUUUUAACCUUCACAGGAAGGGCCUGGGGAGGAAAAAGAUCGGAAGAAAGGCAGCCUAAGAAUGGGGCUGAGGAACCAACUGGUGUGUGUGCCCGCUCUCCAUCCUUCCCCACUUGCAAAGCCAGUCUUCAACAUUCAGGAGCCAACUGAGGAAAAGAAUCAAGAACCUGACUCAGCCCGUGUGAUCUGUUCAAAGCUGUCUUUUCCACCUGCUGGAGUGAAUUCGAUUUUAAAUCACCGGAGGCAUGCAUAAUGAAUGAGGGGAGGAUGGGUGACUCAGCCACUAACUUUGAAUGCAACUUGGAUUCACAAACCCAUUAUCACAGCCCAUUAUCAUAUGCAGAUUUUAAGUAGCAUUUCCAACUUCAUUCUAACGUGUCUUCUUUUUCACAUCGCUGGCUGCAGAAUUCCCUACUAGAAUGUGAAACACUAACAAACCACAGAACUAGAGAAUGCUAGUCACAUACUUAGUAGCGGGGUUUCGCAUGGAGACACAAAUGUGCGCUCUAGGGUUCUCCUGCUGCCUGCUCGGCUUCAAAAGCUAAAUGUUAUGGGUCUUUCUUUGGUGUUGCCAGCCAUACUCUACAAACAAGACUUUUCCAUUUAGUUAUAAGUAAUAUAAUUUUAUGUACAUAUAAUAUUAGAAAAUUGUACAGAAUCUUGAUUUCUACAAUGUGCUCUUGUUAAAAAAAAAGGGAAAAUGCUCUUUGAAUUUUGUUGAUGACAUUGCUGCCUUUAAGUUUCCAUGGUUUCAUUUCUUAAUUGUGCUUACUAGACAUUGAUUUGUACUGAUGCUAAGCUAUGGACUGUGUGUGCAGACUGAGGCACAGAGGUGCCUAGGGUCAGAAUCCUCUACGAAACAGACCGGCUGGAUUGACAGCUCCAUCAGACCUUUCUACACACACAUCCUUCCCAAAGGUUCACAGUUUAUAUUUAAAGGUGCACAAUAAUGUAUCGAUUCUCCUGAACUGUCUUUGAGAGCUGAACGUUCUGGUUCUGUAAGCCAUGUGACUGUGCAGAAAAACCUCCGAAAACUCUGUGUCCCUGCAGGGUUGUCAGCGUCUCCUUGUGGGGCGAAGCAGUCACUCUGAAGGCAAAGUGUGAUGUUUUCAGGACACCAGAAUCAAAGGAAGGAAUCAGGUGGUACACAAAUCCAGCUUUUCUACUGGAUUAAGUGUGAGUAAUAGAGUCAAGUCCUUUUCUUGGCUAAUGUAAGGCCUUUCCCAUCUUGCAUUAAGGAUGUCUCCUUGUCUACUAUUUCUCUUAAAUGAAAUGGUUGAAAUUUGCAAUGUUGGCAAAAAGAUGAUGGAGAGGGGGUGAUGAUUUUACUGGAUUUUCUUCUGCCCCAGAGAUGCAGCCCUAAUAGACUUCUUAGAGGGAAUCCUCAAAUCCACCCCUUCUCCCCUUCCCCCCCACAGAAAUAUUCUAGAGUAAGAGCACUGGAUAGGUACACUUGGACACAUUUUCUAAUCUUAGAAAGUUUCUAAAAGGCCCGUUGUCUUAACCCAUUACUCAAUUGUCCCUGGCAUAUUAUCUGAGGUUCAAGUUUCUUGGAAGCAGAACUGUCAAAGGGUUUCCUUUGUAACUUCCCUUUCUGUACACAGCAGGCAUUAAUAGAUGUUGAAUGUCAGACAAGAAUGUCAGACGGACAAGAGAGGAAAGAGGAAACAUACAAGCGUUUCUGCAGACCGAUGGCUAAGAUGAGUCCAGAUUAAAGAGCCUGCCCUACCCCUAGAAUGUUAUUUAGAUCAAGUUUAGCUUUUAGAGUCCAGGUCUGGUUAAUUGCCAGGGUGGCAAAGAAUCGCAUGCACCUAUAUAAACAGGAGUCAAAAUGCAUUAUUAGCUGAAGAUCAAAUCACACAUUGUAGAGAUGAAAUAGCUGUGAUUAAGCUGCAUAUUUAUGCUGGGAAAUGGCUGAAGUGGAUGACUAGUAUAAAAGUUGUUGGCCAUAACAUCAUAUCUCUUAUCUGCUUGGAAUAUGAAAAUAUAUUCUAAAAUAACAGCCACUGGGGUCUUGUUCACUAUAAAUUCAAACUUCACAGAACUUGGCAGCAAUUCACAAUUUGACUGUAUCUGCAAACUGUCUUCAAAGAUGUCUAAUAAAGCAAAAC